AUGAAGUUGAACAUUGCUAACCCCGCAACCGGGGCCCAAAAACUCCUCGACCUCGACGACGAAAAGAGAUUCCGUGUCUUCUACGAGAAGAAGAUCUCACAAGAGGUUCCCGGCGACUCCAUCGGCGACGAAUGGAAGGGUUAUAUUUUCCGCAUCACCGGUGGAAAUGACAAGCAGGGCUUUCCCAUGAAGCAGGGUGUCCUCCUCCCCUACCGUGUCCGUCUUCUCCUCUCCGACGGCCACUCAUGCUACCGCAUCCGCCGCACCGGUGAACGCCGCCGCAAGUCUGUUCGAGGAUGCAUCGUCGGCCCUGAUAUUGCCGUCCUUUCUCUCGUUAUCGUCAAGCAGGGCGAGUCAGAAAUUCCCGGUCUCACCGACGUUGUGCUACCCAAGCGAUUGGGUCCGAAGAGGGCGACGAAGAUUAGGAAGUUCUUCAAUUUGACCAAGGAGGACGAUGUUAGGAAAUAUGUUGUGCGACGAGAGGUCAAGAGCAAGAAGAAUCCCGAAGCUAAGCCCUACACCAAGGCUCCAAAGAUUCAACGACUCGUCACCCCCAUCCGCCUCCAACGCCGCCGCCACCUCAACGCCCUCAAGCGCCGCAAGCUGGAUUCCCAGAAGGAGCAAAAGGCUGAAUACGACGCUCUGAUCGCCAAGCGCGUCGCGGAGAAAAAGGCCAAGAUCGCCGCCGUCAAGGCAGCCCACCACAAGACUGCUUAA